AUGCAUGGGCCUAGCCGCCUGAGCAACGGGGUGAGCUCCUUAUCUCCGCCGGCGUCUCCCCGCCACCGCGGCAGCCGUGGCAAGACCAACGCCAGCGCCACCGCCGGCGGCGGCGGCGGGAACUUCCGUGGAAACGGCGCUGCUGCUGGUGGUGGUGGUGGGAGGGCGGAUGUGAAAAAUGUGAUGGAGGGGAUUGGGUAUUUAUUGAUUUCAUCAUUGUAUAGGAGAAGGGGGGUGCUUUUGUUUGCCCCUUUGCUGUAUAUUUCUGGAUUGCUAAUGUAUAUGGGCAUAGUGGGAUUUGAAUCUGAAAAUAAUAAUGGUGGUGUCAGUGACGUUGUCGGGCCGGGCUCAGUGUACCGGAGCCCUCAGGUUUUUGAGAAGCUAUGGCCUUUUAUGGAGGCUGAAAGAUUGUUUGAGCACAAUUUAGUUGAAACUGAAAUGAGUGGGAAAAUAUGUCCUGAAAUGAGAAUGUCAAUGAGUGAUUUUGUAAUCCUUCUAUUAAUGAAUGUUUGGAAUCCAAAGUUGGGUCAAGGUUGGAAGCCUUGUAUCAAGCAGAUUGUAUCCUAUUCAGGCAUCUCAGAGUUUCCAAAGUCAAACGGUUUCCUAAUAAUUGAAGCAAAUGGAGGAUUAAACCAACAAAGAUUAUCGAUUUGUGAUGCAGUGGCAGUGGCUGGUUUGCUGAAUGCUACACUUGUUAUUCCCAUAUUUCAUUUAAAUAGUGUGUGGAAAGAUUCCAGAAAUCACGUUAACGUGGUUAGACAACUUCCUGAAGAUAUACUCCAGCAAUUUGAUAACAAUAUAAGCAACAUAGUGAAUUUGCGGGUAAAAGGAUGGUCAAGCCCAAAGUUUUAUCUUGAAAAGGUUCUACCGAAGCUGGUGGAGUUAAAGGCUGUCCGUAUAGCGCCUUUCUCAAACAGAUUGGCUCAUGCAGUCCCUCCAUAUAUCCAAGGGCUUAGAUGCCUAUGCAAUUUUGAAGCACUCAGAUUUUCGGGACCCAUACGAAUGCUAGCCGCCAAGAUGGUCGAUCGGAUGGUGAAAAAUAGUACUAAAAGUGGGGGGAGAUACAUAUCUGUACACCUUCGAUUUGAAGAGGAUAUGGUUGCAUUCUCCUGUUGCAUAUAUGAUGGAGGUGAAGAUGAAAAGCGUGAAAUGGACUUCAUUCGGGAGAGAAGUUGGAGAGGGAAAUUUAGGAGAAGAGGCCGAGUAAUAAGACCCGGCGCAAAUCGUGUGGAUGGGAAAUGCCCUUUAACACCCCUCGAGGUUGGAAUGAUGCUUAGGGGCAUGGGAUUUGAUAACAACACCUCUCUAUUUGUUGCUGCUGGAAAGAUUUACAAAGUUGAGAAGCAUAUGGCUCCUUUAAAACAAAUGUUUCCCCGUCUCGAGACUAAAGAUACUCUGGCUUCCCCCGAAGAGCUUGCUCCAUUUGUGGGGUACUCGUCGAGAUUGGCGGCCCUAGACUAUACAGUUUGCCUCCAUAGUGAAGUUUUUGUCACGACACAAGGUGGUAAUUUCCCCCAUUUCUUGGUGGGCCACAGGCGCUAUGUCUAUGAAGGGCACGCCAAAACAAUAAAGCCCGAUAAGAGGAAGUUAGCCCAAUUGUUCGAUAAGCCGAGCAUCAAAUGGCAAGAUUUUAAGCGGCAAAUGCAAGAUAUGCUUCACCACAAUGACGUCAAGGGCAAAGAGAUGAGAAAGCCGAGUAGCUCACUCUACAUGCACCCCAUGCCCGAUUGCAUGUGUAGAAAGUCGGACUUCAAAACCGAGUUGAGUAACACGACAAAAACUGCCUAAGAGUAUACGUAGGUUCGUAGCGUGUUUGUUUCACUAUAGCUGUUUCGUAUAGUUUAUCCACACGUAUAGCAAUUUUCGAUUAAGUUAAUUUGUAGAUUGUAACAUCGAUAUAUAGAAUUCGAUUAUGCCUUAAGCGAAACGAUUUCUUUCCACUUCAAGCUUCUCAGGUUUCAAAUCUGUUUGCUUUUGCUUUGUAAUGGGUACAGUUUUGUAUGGUAAUGAAAAUCAUUCUUUGUGUAUGGAUGUUUCUUUAUGCCUUUUUC